CUCUUACGACACACUUCCCAGCUUUUCCCAUCUCCACUCUGAGCAUAGGCAUAAUGGCACCAAAAAAAAGUUGAACCCAAGAAACCAGAGCCUAAAAAGCCAGAGCCGAAGAAAGAAGAAGCGCCAGCCCCUGCCCCAGUUCCAGAGACCCCCAAAGAGCCUGAGCUGGACCUGAAAAGCAUCCCGCUGGAAUUUACCGCUGACCAGAUCGAAGAGUUCAAGGAUGCCUUCACACUCUUUGACGAGACGCCAACGGGCGAGAUGAAGAUAAGGUACGCCCAGUGUGGAGAUGUGAUGAGGGCCCUGGGUCACAACCCUACCAACGCUGAUGUCCUGACUGUGCUGGGGAAGCCCAAGGCUGAAGACAUGAACACCAAAUACCUGGACUUUGAGACGUUCCUGCCCAUGCUGCAGCAUAUCUCAAGAGCCAAAGACCAGGGGACAUUUGAGGACUUUGUUGAGGGUCUGAGAGUCUUUGACAAAGAGGGAAAUGGAACAGUGAUGGGUGCUGAGCUCCGUCAUGUCUUGGCAACGCUUGGGGAGAAAAUGACAGAAGAUGAGGUGGACCGUCUGAUGACCGGACAAGAAGACGCCAACGGCUGCAUUAACUACACGUCCUUCAUCAAGCACAUCCUCUCUGGGUGAGCCGGAGCUGAAGAGAUUGCCGAAUGAAAUUGGAACUCUAAAUGGCAACUGUCAAAACACUGGAAAGAAAAUAUGUCUUGUCUGUAUGUCUUGGAAAGCAUCAAAUAAAAAUCAUCCAAAUUUU